GACCCCACGGGCCAGUGACCGCGGUUUCUCGUGGCGGCGAGCCCCUCCACGUGACACCGAUUCCAUCAAAACCCCGCGAAUCCGUUGCAGACGCCCCAAAAAAACAGCCAAAAGUCCACCGAAGGCGAAGCGGAGCGAGCAACGGCAGCACAGCGAAGGGAGGAGCAAGUGAGCAACAGCGAAGCGGAGCGAGAGGAGAUGGAGGCGGAGGACAAGGCGGUGGUGGGAGCGGCGGGGUCGACGUACUGGGGUCUCGGGGCGCGGCCGUGCGACUCGUGCGGCGUGGACGCGGCGCGGCUCUACUGCCGCGCGGACGGGGCGUUCCUCUGCGGCGGGUGCGACGCGCGGGCGCACGGCGCCGGGUCGCGCCACGCGCGGGUGUGGCUGUGCGAGGUGUGCGAGCACGCGCCCGCCGCCGUCACGUGCCGGGUGGACGCGGCGGCGCUGUGCGCGGCCUGCGACGCCGACAUCCACUCGGCGAACCCGCUGGCGCGCAGGCACGAGCGGCUCCCCGUCGCGCCAUUCUUCGGCGCGCUCGCCGACGCGCCGCAGCCCUUCCCCUCCCAGGCCUUCGACGACGACGCCGCCGCUGGCGCCGGCGCGCAGGAGGAUGCGGACGAUGACGGGAGCAACGAGGCCGAGGCGGCAUCGUGGCUUCUCCCCGAGCCCGACGACAGUAGCCACGAGGAUAGCGCCGCCGCCGCCACCGCCGGCGCGUUCUUCGCCGACUCCGGGGCGUACCUCGGCGUCGACCUGGACUUCGCCCGGUCCAUGGACGGAAUCAAGGCCAUCGGAGUACCGGUCGCGCCGCCCGAGCUGGACCUCGCCACCGGGAGCCUCUUCUACCCCGAACACUCCAUGAACCACAGCCUGUCGUCUUCGGAGGUUGCCGUCGUGCCGGACGCGCUGUCGGCGGGCGCGGGGGUGGCGCCGUCCUCCAUGAUGGUGGUGGUGGCGAGCAAGGGGAAGGAGAGGGAGGCGCGGCUGAUGCGGUACAGGGAGAAGCGCAAGAACCGGCGGUUCGACAAGACCAUCCGGUACGCGUCCCGCAAGGCGUACGCCGAGACGCGGCCCCGCAUCAAGGGCCGGUUCGCCAAGCGCACCGCCGACGACGACGCGCUCGAGCACGACGACGCGCCGCCCUGCUCGCCGGCGGCCUCCGCCCUCGCUGGGUCGGACGGCGACUACGGCGUCGUCCCGUCGUUCUGAGCCUCUGAGGUGACACGUCGCCUCCACGCACGCACGGGCGGCGACGUACGCUGCCGUAAUUUUGGCGCGCUCCGUGAUGCGUCCGACGCAUGGCAUUGGCACCACCUUGUAACAUGAAUAAACGGUAGUACGUUAGUUCCAUCCAUGAACGUAGCACUACUCCAUUGCCAAGGACUGUCAUGCAUGUACUCCUUCCUACUCCUCUUCUGCCUAACCAAGGCUUGUACAUUACCAUGGGGAGCAGUAGCUGUUUUUGCAACCUUGAACUUCAGUUACCUGUUCAUGGCUAAGUGUGCUUCAAAUGUUACUGUCCAUUCGAUCUCCUUUGGGAAAGACUUAACUGAACCUAGUACUUGCUACUACUAGAAGCUUGCAGAAACUAGUCAGAACAUGUGCAAGAACAUACAUAUCUCCCAUCGACCAGGAGGAUCAAGUAUCAAAAGCAUGUGAUUCUCAUCCUCUUGGAAUAAUAUAAUGGUGCCUUUUCUUUGUUCAUCUUCAAAUAAAACACUCUUUGCGGGCAUGUCAAAGGAGCU